AGUAAACGAAGCGUUUCAAAGAACAUGUAGUGAACCAUAAAUAAAAUACAUAUUUAGAUAUUCCUUUAUCGGAUUGGUUGAAUGUCACACACCUCCAACAGGCUGUUGUCAUUAACCAUAUUGUACAAUGGAAAAAAUCGGGGAUUUUGUACUUAAAAUAUCUAAACGUCACAAUCAUCGCGCUUUAAAAUAUUUUACAAGGAAGAGAUCUACACAAGCUGCAGCUGCCGUACAACAAGACCUGCAACAUGAACUAGAGGGCAUAAAAGAUGCCGGGACUUGGAAGGGAGAACGUGUCAUCACUUCUAAACAAGGCCCUACAAUUCACGUAGCAGGAUCUCAGGCAGACAUACUCAAUUUCUGUGCAAACAACUACCUUGGUUUGUCUAGCCACCCUGAAGUUAUUGAAGCCGGGAAGAAAGCACUUGACACACACGGCGCUGGCCUCAGCUCUGUCCGAUUUAUAUGCGGUACACAGGAUCUGCACAAAGAACUUGAAGAUAAAAUCUCAAAAUUUCACAAGAAAGAGGACACCAUUUUAUACGCUAGUUGUUUUGAUGCAAAUGCCGGUCUUUUUGAGGUAUUGCUUGGACCUGAAGAUGCUGUUAUAUCAGACGAAUUAAACCAUGCAUCUAUUAUUGAUGGAAUACGUCUAUGUAAAGCUAAAAGAUUCAGAUAUAAACACACAGAUAUGAAAGAUCUUGAACAAAACUUGAAGGACGCAUCUUCGUGUCACAAAAAGCUGAUAGCAACUGAUGGUGUAUUUAGUAUGGAUGGCAGCGUCGCACCGUUGCCUGACAUAACAAGACUUGGAAACGAGUAUGGAGCAUUGGUUUUCAUCGACGAAUGUCAUGGAACAGGAUUUUUUGGACCAACCGGCAGAGGAACUGAUGAGCAUUUUGGAUUGGAAGUUGAUAUCAUAAACUCAACUCUCGGUAAAGCCAUGGGAGGUGCUGCGGGCGGUUAUACCUCUGGACCAAAAGAACUUGUACAGCUUCUAAGACAAAGAUCCAGACCUUACUUGUUUUCAAACACAUUACCCCCACCAGUAGUAGCAUGUGCUAGCAAGGCCUUUGAUUUGAUAAUACAGAAUCCAGAUUUACCGAAGAAGCUUUUGACCAAUACAGUAAGAUUUAGGACUAAAAUGACGGACGCUGGUUUCACUGUAUCGGGUGAUCCAGGACAUCCCAUUUGUCCAGUUAUGUUAGGAGAUGCCAAGUUAGCUAGUACUUUUGCUGAUGAUAUGUUGGAGAAAGGUAUCUAUGUGAUAGGAUUCAGUUAUCCAGUUGUUCCAAAAGGAAAAUCGAGAAUCCGAGUACAGAUAUCUGCUGCUCACUCAGAGCAAGAAAUUGAUAGAGCUGUGGAUGCUUUUAUUGAAAUCGGCAGAAAACUCAAAGUUAUCAAUUAAACUAAAAGUGAAGAUUGAAAUGUUAAAAAAAGUUGUAAGUGUCUGCAUUAACAGUUUUGAUGCUUUGUCGACAGUCGAUUGAUCUAAUAAAAUGGUAUAUAAAUCAUAUUCCAUCAACCAAGAAACACACACAAUAAACACCUUGCCACAAUUUUUCACAACAACUGAGUAGAUGCCACUGUAAUUGGUUGUUUCAUUCCAUAGACCAACCUCUGCUGUCCUGACAUGAAAUAUACUGACGUGAUCAUUUUAUGUAAAUUUAUAUUCAUUUGAAUAUUUAAAAGAUCACUAGAAAAACAGAAAUUGUUAUACUUCUAGCCAUGAGUGAUAUAAGCCGGAUUUGAAUAAAAUUAUUUUGAAA